GCGAACAAAUUGAUGAAAUCUGCCAAUCCAAGCCAAGCCAAUACGAUGUUUCACGGUACUUUUGGUAUUUUGUUCAGCGACAGAAGUUGAAAAUGAGCCAAGCUCCCGUCGCAGAUAAAGAGGUCAAACCUCUGUUACCUGGUUCCCAACCAGCACUGGCCAAGCCCACUGAUGCUGCACCAGAGAAGGCUGAACAAGACAGACCAACAGAGCAGAAAAAAUCUGAAACAGCUCCUACUCAACAGCAAGCUACAGUACCGUCUAAGGACCCAGUACAGCCAAAGGUGGAAGUGGUGCACGCCCAGCCACCACCAGAACAGAGAGGCUGUGUGGAAACAGAAAUAUCAGUGAAGGACUUUGAACCCGAUCAAACGGAAGUUGACUUCAAUCAUUACCGCAUCGGAAGGAUAACCAACCUCGAAACAUUGCAGGCUCCCAUAUUCAUUUGUUUCCGAAACAACCUCAUCAAAAAGAUCGAAAAUCUCCAGCACCUCACUACCCUGAGAGAACUUGAGCUUUAUGAUAACCUCAUCACAAAGAUUGAGAACUUGGAUGCGCUUGUGAACUUGGAAAUCCUGGACGUGUCUUUCAACAGGAUACCCAUUAUUGAGAACCUCGAUGCCCUUGUAAAUCUGAAAAAGUUGUUUCUGGUCAACAACAGGAUCACGAAGAUCCAGAAUUUGGACAAGCUCGUUAAUCUGGAAAUGUUGGAGCUGGGCUCAAACAGAAUCAGGGUGAUUGAGAACCUGGACAAGUUGAAGAGCCUCAAGCAUUUAUUUGUGGGAAAGAACAGGAUAUCAAAGCUAGAAAACCUACAUCCACUAGAAAACUUGGAGCUUCUCAGCAUCCAGAGUAAUCGUCUCGUGAAACUAGAGGGCCUUCAGAACAACAAGAGGUUGAGUCACCUGUACAUGUCGCACAAUGGCAUUGAAGCAAUUGAGAACCUGGAUAACAAUGUUAUGCUUGAGACUCUGGACUUGGCUGCUAAUAGAAUCAAGCAUUUGAAGAACAUCGACCAUCUUGUGAACGUUGAAGAGUUCUGGUUCAAUGACAAUCAAGUUGACAACUUUGAUGAACUGGAGGUCUUAAGGAAGCUGCCAAAGCUGGUAACUGUGUACUUUGCAAGCAACCCCAUCGAGAAAGAUCCAAUGUACCGGCGAAAAAUCAUGAUGAUCUGUCCGACUGUUAAACAGAUUGAUGCCACCAUGUGUAGGAAAUAAAUGUUCUUUUUUUACA